GCGUAAUUGUUUUUGUAGUUCUUAGAGGGAAAUAUUUUGAAGUUUUGUAAAUAGUGUUGGUCGACCGAUUGUGACGUGAGUGCCAUUAUUAAUAACAGCCCGUGGGAAGGAAUCCGGCAUUCGUGUGCACGGCACGCUAUGAACUAAGACUGAGACAGCCGGCUUUCUGACUAACCUUCACUACGCCGGUGCCGGAAACCGAAGAAGCCGAAUUAUUAUUUUUUCCUGUUCCUGUGACUUUUUUCGUUUGAAGUCGUGAAAUGGUAACGGAGCGAGUGCUGGAGGCCGGUUUCGAUGGCGGCGAUUACGGCUUCCCGACCGUAAUUCUAAGCUCGUUGUUUUUCUACAUCAACAACUACUGGGUUUUGAAGACGUUCGCCCCGGCUUCGGCGACCGGCCACCCGAAGAAGGCGUGGAAAUGGAGGAACACGGCCAAUUCCCUCAUCCACUCUUUCAUCACCGGCACCGGCACCUUCUUGUGUUUCUGGUGGACACCAAAAAUGCGUGAAGACCUUGUAUACCCUAUUUCAUUGCCAUCUUACUUGCUUGUUUCUUUUUCACUUGGAUAUUUUAUUUAUGACCUAAUUGACAUGGCAGUCAAUGGUUCUAAGCCCAAAACGUACGACAUGUUGCUUCACCAUUUUAUGGUGAUUUUAUGUUUUGCGAUCUCAAUAAUCACUGAAAGGCAUAUGGGCUUCACAUUAAUGGCCUUGUCGUUGGAGGUGAAUAGUGUUUUUUUACAUUUGAGACAGUUAAUGAUUCUCCAGGGAUGGAGCAAAUCCAGCAACAUUUACAGGAUAAACAAUUCAUUCAACCUGGGUACUUUCGUAGUUUUUCGUGUUCUUACUUUAGGUUGGAUGACGAGAUGGUUAAUCCAUAACAGAAUGGACUUGCACAACUAUGUUUAUUAUGUUGCUGGGACAUCCCUUGCUGUGAUAAUGGUGAUGAAUACCGUUCUUCUUCAAAAAUUACUGAAUUCUGAUUAUUGGCAGUGCCCUAAACCUUCAACAGAAGAUCAUUUGAAAGCAAAGUUUGGCAGCAUACAGUUUGAAUCAAACUCUACUUAAACGACUAGGCGCAUAUCGAGACAUGUUUAAAUUGAACAUAAAGAAAUCGCAACCCCAUGGAUAGCAUUGGGAUUUCGUUACUGUUCAAAGUAGCUAUUUAUUUAUUUUUAUGUGGUCAUACCAAAACUACAUGAAUGUUUUUCCCUUUGUGACAUGAAAUGACUGUGAUACAGAAGCUUGAUUCUUUUUAUAAAUUAAUCUAUUAGCACUUCUCAGAAUGUUUUAACAUCUACCUGGGCCAUAUGGGGUUAUUCCAUUUAUAUCAAAUCUUCUUUUCUUCAAUUAUCCCGAUUCAUUAUGCAAUGAAGACUUCCAUGUGAAACCACUCUGAUUCGUUUUUUUUCUAUUCUAUUUUUAACUACUAUCGACAGACAUGUUUUCCAUAUAAAAGGUUCAGGUGAUUUUAAUGGAAGUCCCUACUCUGUUUUUCCCCACAACCAUUAUCUUGUCAGCAGUGCAUUGUACCCCAUCAGUUCCUUUUUAUAUUCCCAAAUUAAAAUUCAUCUUUGCUCCCUCGUAUGAAGGUUUGUGGCUGGGGAAAAUUUCAAGGCCAAGCACUCACAGCGGGGCAGUGUAGUUCUGCUUCCAUCCUGGUGUUGGUUAUCACACAGGAUCCAUCUUCACAUCCAUCCAAUGCUUGUACGACUUAUCCUCUGAUCAUUCCCCAGUUCUCCUUACUCUAAACAUAACCCCAUUCACUAAACCAACAAAGCCAUCCAUUUUGCAAGGUACAGUUAACUGGAAGCUUAAUUCUUCUUUAAAUUUAAAUAUUCCCAUGAAAUCAGCCAUUGAGGUAGAUAAUGCUGUUUUACACCUCACCAAUACUAUUCAGCAUUAGAACACACAAUUUGUCCCCUAGAGACAAUAAAACUGUAUAAAAUUAACUACUAAGGUUAGUACUUUAAACCUUACCUUUUAAAAAAUGUGCAAAGCUCUCAUGUCUCGAUAUGUUCUUAUUAAGCUUAUUUAUUUUAUUGUUAAAUAGAAAUUAAUUACCUCUGUAUAAAAAACAGAAAUAAUUUCACCAUAUUAGUUUUGUGUUUGUUGUACAGUUUUAUUAGAUAAAUGUGAUUUUUGUGCAGUUUGUACUUUAGCCAAAUAUUUAUUUUCUUUUAAUUAAUAAUACUACAAAUCACCCAAGCUGUUCUUUCUAUAAGUUUUGUAUUUAAAAAAAAUUACCAGAAAUUCUUUAUCACAAGGGGAAAUUUAAUAAAUAAUCGCUAUUAGUGUAUUCUAGUCAUGGCACAAAAGAAAAGAAGUGUUGUCAUUUUGCUAACUUAGAAUUUCUAUAAUGUAUUUUAUAAGUUUUGAUCAUACAGACUUGUUUCAACAUAAACUAAGAACAUUUUACCUUAUAUCACAAUGUAGAAUGUAAUUAGGUAAAGCAGUGAAUAUUUUAUUUUAUAAGCUCUUGUAAAUUUGAUGAAAUCGUCUAUAUUAAAAUGUUUGAAGAUGUACAGAAAGACAUCUGGGAAAUAAAAAUUGUUACUGCCUUA